AUGGAUUUAGAUACAAAAAUUGAAAAUUCUAUUAAUCAUUUAACAAAUUUUAGAAAUAUUUCUAAAUUUGACCUUAAAAUUGAAGAAUAUAAAAAUAUUUUAAAAGAAACUUUAUUUUUGACAUAUGUGACUCAUCAAUUUAUGAAAUUUAAACAAGUUUUAUAUAUACUUCAUGGAAAAUUUCCUGACUUAUACAUAGAAAGAUACAUUUAUUUUAAAGAAAUUAAUCAAAAUAUAUAUAAUUUAACAUUUCAAGAAAUGGAUAUAAAUAUUGAUAAAAAAUUAGAACUCGAAAAAGAAUUUAACAAAUUUCAAAAACUUUAUCAUUCAUUAGUUAAAAAAUAA